AUGGCGCGUAAUCCGGCCAUUGACCCUCCGCGGUUCGCUCCGCCCACGAGGGUUUACUCGGCCACUUCAUCUUCGCCCGCGAAUUCACGUUCUCCUUCCCCUUCGCGCCAUAACCGAAACCGCUCGCGGUCCGACGAUCCCUUGGUCCGCGACCUUUCUCCGACUCGAACAUUGGAAGCAUUCACAUCGACACCGGGAAGCGAAGAGAGCAAGAGCCAGGUAGCUCUUGUGCGCUUGAUUGAAAAGGCCUCGCCUUCAGAAAGAGCUUUUGGCAUCAGGAUAGCCCAGACGUGCAAGGACAUCAAAGCCUGGCACUUCGAACUGCAACAAUGGCCCUGGACUAACUCAUUUGAGCCUCCUGUCCAUGCCACACAUGCCGUCGAGGGCCCGUACUGGGGCAGCCUUCGAGAAAGCCAGGUUAUAGCAUACGAGCAACGCAUUCAGGAUAUCCGCGAAGCCUUGUUUAACCAGGACGUCGAUGAGCUCAAGGAAUAUGUCCUCUCCCAACACGUCCAGCCAAAGACGUCCGAUUUUGAACUCUACGAACGCCUCGACGACUUUACUGCCUUGAUCACUGCCACAAUCCUGCAUGCCCUGCCUGACCUCUCACGUUUGAGUCGCUUGUUGGAUACUUGGUCGAUGCGUAUUACGCUCUUGCGCAAGGUUCCUGGUUAUCUCAAAGGUCUCGAUCAAGCCAAGACAGAGUUGGAUAAUGCCUGGUCUGGCAUGGCUCAACGUCUUCGGGACACGAUUGAUACAUCUGCUGUGCGUAGUGCUUUCCAGGCUCUUCAAGAACAGUUAGAGUCGCGUAUGGGCAAAGUCGGCGGACGGCUCGACUCCAUGUUGGAUGAUCUUGAAGGACGUGAAGAAACGCUCCCAGAUGCCUGGAUCGAUACUUUUGAAUCGCUCGAAGCGAGCUAUAGUGAUUGGCUUACUCAGACCGAGCGCCAAAUAGUUGGUCACAACAUGUCUCUGCUUGUACCUGCCCACGGCAAACAGACUCUUGCAGAUGUAGCUACCCGCGAGAUUCCUUCAACCUCUAUUGAGUCUUCAGAUCGUGAAGAGCGUGCCGUCGUCCAUGCUUCUCCAGAGCUAGUCACAGCUCCAGACGUUGUCUCGAACGUCAAUCCAGCCGCAGAAGAUCACUCCGCCGUACCUGCAGGUCAGAACGACGAACAUGCUCUUGUCCAACCAGUCGAGAGCCCCAUCUUAGGAACGGGCUCUGCGUUCCUGCCUGACCUGGAUGAGUCUUCUGACUUAGACAGCGACAACGUUUCGAAGGACUCGAUAAGGGCACCCGUUUCACCAAUGGGUACCUCUCAGCCAGCCGUGUCAGCAUCUGACUCAAUCUAUCGGGCUGGCAGCCUAAAGUCAUUGUCAUCAAACAUCUCACGCUCGAGGCAUGUGCCUAUUGUUGUCAGCUAUAACGAUGGCGAAUCACCAAGGCCUUCUUCGUCGAUUGCACCGACUCCUGGUGAAGGAUCUCCUGCUGUGACUGCUGCGGCAUCCCCAAUGCCAGCCUCGGAGCAGGCCUCUCCGGCUGUGAAUAGUGUUCGUGCCAGAGCAGCUUUUCUCAAUGGAGGCAUUGAGCGUACCCAGUCGCUGCAAAAGUCUGUCAAUAGUCCUGUCCGACCCUUUGAACAUGCCUCCAUGGCCUUCACAAAGCUAUUCAACAAGACCAACAAUACUUCCAAUGGCACUCCCAGUCAUUCUAGGACCAGCUCUACUUCAAGUCGAACAAGCAAUCGCAAAGGAUUAGGGCUGGGUAUCAAGAAUCAUGAGGGAUUCCGCCAUUUUCAUCGCUCUGCAUCUCUAACAUCUCCUGCGCCACCAGUUAAGAAUGGUGUCAGAAAUUCGGCCAAAGAGUCUCAGCUACCUGCACAGUCCUCAUCGCCGCCAGCUCCGAUUUUCAAUUCUAGUCCAGAACAGGCUUCGGCGAUUCGCGCUGCCUCUCAGCCUGUUCCUUCGGCUUUUCCACACGAGCUCCAAAGACCGAUGGAUGCAUUCGUAACACCAGAGAUCGAGCAAGACUACUUCCCUUCCACAGAAAACAGCAAAUCGACACUCGAUUCAAACUGGAAUUCACCAGCGCUCGCCGAGUUUCCCGAAGACUGGCCUCUACCUGUCAGAAUUUAUGAUGAUGAAAUACAUACGCCAAAGGAUCCUAUGGGCUCUGAUGUGUUUGAGAGGAUGUUUGUCGACAGUCUUCCCGGCACACCACAGACCAAAUCUCGGCCACCAUCUCAAGAAAGCAAUCCUUUUGAAAAGAUGUUCAGAUCGAAGCGAUCGGGCUCGAAGGAACCGCUUUUCGAUGAUACACUGCUUGACGACAUCUCUCAACACAAACCUCGCAGCGGGCCGUCGUCACCCGUUAGUCCAAGGGCGAGACAUCUAUCUAAACCUAGCACCACAAGCUUACCUUUUGAGCCUAUCACGGAAUUGCCAACACCAGGGUCGUUCGAUGCGACUCCCGAGGUUCAAGAUGCUUCUUCGGCAGGCUAUUUCAGAGCCAAGCAGGUGCAGACAUCACCAGGAAGUAGGAUAUCGCCAGUUCCUGCCAGUAACACUUCAUGGAGCAACUUUAGUUCUGUAGGUGCUGGAAAUGCUGAGGUGCUCGAAGAAUCUGACGAGCAUGACAAUGAACAAAGCAUCAACAAGAGGCGCUCAAUGAUCAAGAGAGCUUCCGUGGCGUCGAUCGAGGCCCAUUCGAGAUCAGAGCUGAACACAAUCGAGAUACCUGUUGUGUCCAGACGAUCUAGUCUCUCAGCCCCUACCACUGCUAAGCCAGCCAAGGAAUUGUCAAUGGACGAUUUUCACAGUGACCAGGAGGACUUUGGUGGUGAACCACCCGCAUUUGGACUGCCUCCACCAACAGUACGUUCCGACACAGAAAGAAGUAACAUCGGCAGAGCUGUUGCAGUCUCAAAACCUCCUCCGCUCAACCUCGAAGUUCACAAGCGUCGUUACAUUGUCGAGCCCGAGGCUACGCCCAGAGCUUCGUCAACCAACCGCAGCAUUUCUCAGCCUGAGACGGCUAACAAGGGACACAAGCGUAACACGUCAAAUGCUGAACAGCUGGAUCGACAUGUCAGCCGGGUUCUGAACACACUGCCGUCACGCAUCACUUUCAAACCAUCUCUCUCGCUCCCAUCCCGUGAACCAUCUCCUGCACCAACCAUCGCUUCUGGCCCCUCUCGACCACGUCCUGCGUUGUCGGGCAAACCUCCUCGCACCGGACUCACUCUGUCAGCCGCUCAAUCUGAGCUGACGUCUAGAAAGUCGAAUGCAAACGAUGCGGAUGGCAAGAUGUAUUACCUGACACAAGAAGGGAAAGAACAACCCAUCAAGCUAUUUGUCCGUCUCGUUGGUGAGGGUGAGCGCUGUAUGGUGCGUUAUCUACGUCAAUACGCAGAGCACCACGGCCAUCGUACUUUUAGUGACGGUAAGCUGGAAGUGGGCGGCACACGUAUUGGUGGAGGUACCAAAAUUCGCACGCCACUCAGCAGACCUGGAAGUGUCCUCGAUCGUCCAGACAGCAGUAUGAGUCUACGCAGUCUGGAUAUGUUGCACAGCAGUCCUUCGGCCACUACACAACCCAUUGAUCUCACGCCUACCACAACGCGCAACGGUGCCUACCACACCCCGACCGGAUCUGUCAAGAGUUCUUCACGCCCGUCUACCGCGGAUACUUUCUUGAAUGCCUCUCCUUCAUCAUGGUCAGGUCAGGAGAUUGGUCUUGCAGGCCCUUCGGCCAAACAUUCACGCGGCAAUCAAAUGAUGAACCGAGCCAAACAAGCCAGCAGUGUUGAGAGAAAGAAGAGCGAGACUGAUCGCGCCGCUUGGGCGGACAUGGGCAAAACUGGAGGGGAGAACGGAAGUGGCUAG